AUGGCGUCUUGGUGGCGACAACGGCGACGACUGCGAUUUUGUCUCUUGGGCUCUCGUUCACGACUAUCAGGUCUGGAAAAUCCAAAAGAAGUCGAGGCAGAGAAGAGGGAUAGUUCUCCAAGGGGAAAAGCAGGAGCAGGCAUCUCCAAGGAAGUCGGUGCAGAGUUGUGGAAGAUAGCUUCAAGGAUGAUUAAUCUAACUGAUGAGGUAACUGAGGCAAGGUUGAAACAUCUGCAGGUGCAGAAGCUGAAGGUGAACUUUUAUGGAUUUAAGACUAGUACUGCUUUUCGGAGCUCAAUAGUUCAAAGUUCUUGUUUCAGUCCUGAGGGAAAUUACCUUGUCGCUACUUCUUGGGACAACUGGAUCAUAAUCUACUCUGUUCGCAUUUCCUUCUUCCUCUUUUCUCUCCUUUAUCUUCAUUGUGCUCCAAAAGCAAGAUGGCAUAUUGACCCAGCAGUGACGUUUGGGCUUUUCUUAGCCCGUAAAGUAUCACUAAUCUGUGCUGUGAUGUGCAUGGUUGCACAAUGCUUGGGUGUAAUGUGUGGUGUAGGGCUAGUAAAGGCCUUUCAAAAGUCUUACUUUGUGCAGUAUAGUGGUGGGGCGAACGAGAUCGUCGAUGGCAACAGCAAAGGUGUGGGUUUGGCAGCUGAAAUUAUUGAGUGGGCGCAGGAGGAGGAGGAAAAACUGGUGGACAAAAAGGAGUUGCAGCGACGAAGCAGGGCUUUGGCACUUUCAACGUCAAGAGCUUCAGCACUAAAGGCCGUCAUGGCAGCAUGGAAAGCAGCAUGUGGAUCUUCAGGUUCUGUGAAGCUUUUCAUACCAAAAGGGACUUUCUUACUCGGUCCCGUUAAAUUUGUUGAUCCCUGCAAGACCAUUGAUUCCAUUACCGUUCAGAUGCAGGGUUUUUUAAAGACAACCACAGACCUGAACAGUAAAGAGUCGAACCGUCUCUCCGUGUCUGAUCCUAGUUCGCCAGAAAUAUUCGUCUCUAACGAUGCUCGCUUCGUCGACUCCGACCCCGGUCACUCGUUCCAAGCGAUUCGAGAGCAGAUUUUCGGGUCGGAGAACUUCUCUGCCAACCCGGCUCCCAUGAAUGGCUUUGCUCAACAAGCAGCGAGCAUGGGCGAAGACAUGCCGAGAACGGUUAUGAGUGGUUUCAAGCCAGAGGUUGUGCCGGUUACCACUGCUUUGGCGAACGAGUUUGCCGUGUUCGAUCGGUGGUUCGCUUCUGUGCCUACUUCGACUCAGCCGAAUCGGUUUUACGUCCACUCGGCCACUUCUCAUGGAUGCCAGAGCAAUGUAAGGAAGGACCUCAUCCAUGGUUUCCCUCAAAAGACCAUUUUCGACUCCUUGGAAGAGAAUGGGCUUUGUUUUGGGAUUUAUUACCAGAAUAUCCCUGCAACUCUGUUCUUGAAGAGCUUGAGGAAGCUUAAGCACAUAAUUAAGUUCCACGAUUACAGUUUGAAGUUUAAAUUACAUGCCAUGUUGGGUGAGCUUCCCAAUUAUGUGGUGUUGGAACAGAGGUACUUUGAUGUGAAUUUGUUCCCUGCGAACGAUGACCAUCCAUCCCAUGAUGUUGCGCUGGGGCAGAAGUUCGUGAAAGAGGUUUAUGAGACGCUGAGGAAAAGCCCCCAAUGGAACGAAACGGCGCUGUUGAUCACGUAUGACGAGCAUGGUGGGUUCUAUGAUCAUGUGCCUACGCCGGUUACUAGUGUCCCCAAUCCUGAUGGGAUCCUUGGGCCUGACCCAUUUUACUUCAGGUUCGAUAGGUUGGGUGUUCGUGUACCGACGAUACUAAUCUCACCUUGGAUAGAUAAGGGGAUAGUUAUCCAUGAGCCUAGUGGGCCAACCCAAUAUUCGCAAUUUGAACAUUCUUCUAUUCCUGCAACUGUAAAGAAGCUCUUCAAUCUGAAAUCAAAUUUCCUGACAAAGAGAGAUGCAUGGGCUGGGACCUUUGAGAACUACUUCUACCUCCGUGACAGUCCGCGAGGUGAUUGUCCAGAAAAGUUGCCGGAGGUUAAGAUUUCGUUGAGGCCAGGGGGACCGAAGGAAGACAAGAGCCUUUCAGAGUUCCAGUUGGAGUUGAUUCAGCUUGCAGCACAGCUCAAUGGCGACCAUGUUCUGAAUACUUAUCCAGACAUUGGCAAUAGCAUGACAGUGGCUGAUGCCAACCGGUAUGCUGAGGACGCAGUGGCCAGGUUUUUGGAAGCUGGAAGAGCUGCCUUAAGGGCUGGAGCUAAUGAGUCUGCCAUUGUUACCAUGAGACCUUCCCUCACAAGUCGAGCUACUGGAGGAGUCUAUGGGUCACAGAUUCGAAGUCAUUGAUGAUCCCACGAUUAUUCUCAUUAAUCUGAUGUCAAUAUGAUAUAUAAAUCAACAUAUA